AUGGAAAAGCAGGCGAACAAGACAGAACGGCUUGGUGCGUUACUGUCAUCACGCAAUGCUUUAGUACGACAUGAAGCCGCUCAAGCUCUUGGCCAUUUUCCGCUCACAAAUCCUCACGUUAUUGAUAUUCUAAAAAACGGUUUUAAAAGAAUCAUUUCGUUUGCUGUAGCGGGUAAUCUGUUGGGGUGGCUUAGUCAUGAUGAUCGUUCGUUACGAAGGAAUAAUUUCCAAGCGAGUGCAUGGGACACACGAGAGGCAGCAGUUGAGGCGUUCCGAGCUAUUCUUAAAGCUAUGCCCUCCAAAAGUCAGGCAUGGUUCCAUCGUCAAGCAGCAUUGUUGAUUAUAAAGUAUCACCUUGCCGGGCCGUACUAUGAUGUUAACUUUAAUGAAAUCUUCAAAUUAUUACUAUGUUCAUUUGAGGACUCCCACGACGAGGUAUGUGCUUCAGCUUUAUCUGCGAUAACAACUCUUUUCUGUAAAGAUGAUUUGAAGCCAGAAGUGUCGGAAAUGAUAUCACAUGUGGAACACGUUAUUUAUCGUUUCAUCGAUUCUACAUGCAACGUUUCGAGAAAUCAGUUGUUGGAUAUUGACACCGUAGCAGUUGAUCUUUUGUCCUUGUUGGUUAUCUGGUUGCAAGGUGAUUGUGCACGAAAAUUACCCUAUCCCGUGUCGAGUAACCUUUCUCGUCUUUUGGAUCCGUUGCAUAUCACUUUAUCGCUUAAAGUUGUCAGUGUUUUUUCCGUGUCAUUCUCCCGUCCAUCGCCUUUAAAGGAUGAACACGAGUGUAAGGAAUUUGAAGCAUGUACAAUGUCAGUAUUAGCGUCUUUGUUUCGUAUUGUGCUUUUUGCUGCACCACAGGAUACGGAGGAUCUCAUCGAAGCUUGUAUAUUAUGCGUUCAUCGUAUCAUCGAAUAUUUUAUGUUUGCAAAGCAUUUGCCACAAGCCCUAGUUGAAACAAUUGGUCGUUGGACUGCUUGUCUUCUCGUUGAUGCACGAAAUGCAGAAAUUGAUCUCGAAAAGUGCAAUGUGGGUUCAGGCGCUAGCCGAAAUCCUACGGAAUGCCUGUGUGGUGAUGAAAUACGGUCUUUGAGCGAUAUGAUUCGGAUUGAUGUUGUCCUAAUUCGUAAACUACAUGUGGCUCGUUUUCUAGCCCCACUAAUUUCAACUAUUUAUAAUUUUCCUUCAAAGAUAGGCGAUCAGUUAUUGAGUGAAGCAGUCCAGUUGCUUAUUACUCCUACGAUGAAAUCUUUAGUAAUCAUGCACAGACUUGGCGGCGUACUCUUAAGUCAUGCUUGGUUUACAUAUAUCUGGAGGUCGGGAAUAACUAUUGAUAUUCCUAGUUAUGUAGCCGAAGUGCUUCACGGUUUAAUUAUGUCUCCAAAUGCCGCUUAUGAUGACGAGAAGAUGUUUUUUUCUGAAGUAUUCGAUGUGGAAGAACAUGGCGAUACUGUUGAUAACAAUGCAAGUGCACUUUACAAUAUCUGCUACAACAUUUUGGAGGAAAUGAACGAUAGAGAAACAUUGCGUUUGAGAUAUGAAAGUUUCAAGUAUGCCGUCGCAACAGCCAAAGCAGUAAUGACAUCCAACAUAUCACGUGUUAAUGCACUAACCGUUUCCUCUUUACUAUUGAUUUAUCCGAGAUCUUUAUUGGAUUCUCCAUCACUGAAUCCUUUCGUAAAACCUCUUAUGGAACUUAUUCGUUUUGAAGAAAACGUAACGUUUGCGCAAUAUGCUCUAAACUCGAUACCGAUUUUGUUUCGAAUAGCUUCUGAAAAGCAACCAAGCCCUCAUGCGAAGAUGAUCAAACAGAUAGUUGUGAGUUUGGUUUCAUGUACUAAUCGAUUUCCUCCAGAAGUUGACAGUGAACAAGAUGUAGUCUUAUCACAGUGUGUAAAAGGACCUUUUUCUCCGCGAUCUCAAAAUGCAGAAUACGUUAUUCGUAUGUUGGUGACACCAAUUGCCGGCACCAAUAUUGCUUCUCUUUUGGAUUUCAGAAAUCGCGGUUCCUUAAAGGAAACAGCUGUGUUUAUGAUGGCGUACACUGUUUUCGUCGAUGAAAGUAGGGUACAGCGGCGUGUUCCGCCUGAUCUCUCCGACAUCGUACUAGAGCUUGGAGUAUACCUGACAUCGGAAAAUGCGGUUGUCCGGUAUUGUGCUGCUCAAUGUUUGAGUAAUAUCGCUCGUAUAGACGGAUUUCUCCGAUCAGUGUUACAGGCUGCCAUAGCACCAUUGCAAGCAAAAUUGCGCACUGGAGAGACACGGGCGCAUGUUCGAUGCGGGCUUGUCGAAUUGCUCUUUCUUCUCAGCAGCUUCCACGUGGAAAUGCUGGGAGGUCUUCGUUUGUUGGCUCCAAUAUCGCUUCGUCUUAUGGCAGAUAGCUGUCAUGUUGUACGUGAAGCGGCAGCAAUAUCUUUCCGUAAUUUUGUACCUUUGAUGACGUUAAAAGCAAAUCGAAAAAUCGAAAGACAUUCAAUUCUGAAAAAUGAUGUGGCAGAUGAAAUAUUUGGUGAUAAUUCUCUUGAGCUGUUACUGGGUGAUCCUAGUCGAUUACCAGAAUUAAGAUUGACUGAUAUCAAAGGACUGAAUGCUUCGACUUGUUUACGGCAGUAUCAGCAAGAAGGUAUUCGAUGGAUGUCAUUCUUGGAAGAGUAUGGGUUAAGUGGCAUACUUGCUGAUGAUAUGGGACUUGGCAAAACCCUUCAGACACUCUGUUUAUUGGCAAUGAAAAUCUGCCAUAAACCUCAAGCAAAAGUUCUAAUUGUAUGUCCUCCAACUUUGGUUAAUCAUUGGUGUGCGGAAUGGUCGAAAUUUUUUCCAACCUUAUCUCCAUUUCAUAAAAUCGAGGAAGGUUGCAAAGAAAAGAAAUUGUCGAUGAAUAAUCCGCAAAAAGUCACAGUUAUGUCGUACAACACCGUGCGGUUUUGCACGUAUGUUCAAAAUAUAGAAUGGUACUACAUGAUCUUAGAUGAAGGUCACAUGAUAAGAAAUCCUACCACACAGCUGUUUAAAGCUUUAACUAACAUCAAAGCACAAAAUCGUCUCAUACUUUCUGGAACUCCUGUUCAGAAUACUCCAGCAGAUCUGUGGGCUCUUUUUCAGUUCCUAAUGCCUGGUUACUUGGGGACAAUGAGACAGUUUAAAUUGGCGUUUUUAAAUGCAAUAAAUGGAUCGCGAAAUGUUAAUGCUUCCGCUCAAGAAAUAAAGGAGGGCCAGGAUGCGUUGGAGCGCCUACACAAGUCAAUUUUACCGUUUGUUAUGAGGCGCCUGAAAACAGACGUGCUUGAAGAUCUGCCUGAGAAGAUUGUGCAAGAUUACAUGUGUAGUAUGACCUCUGUACAGCGCUUUAUAUACAACCAUAUUGUCGACAUAUACCAGUCCUCUCGUCGAACUUCUACUAAUCGUCCAAGUUUUUGUGCUCUAGAGACCAUUGCUGAACUUCGGAAGUGUACUGUUCAUCCUUCUCUUGUGAGUCAUAAAUCCCUAGAAGAUUUGAACAUAGAAAAGCUGAAGGGUUGCGUUGAAGAAUCUGGUAAAAUAAUCGCUUUGCGAGAACUUCUUAAAGAGUGCGGCAUUGGUUCACGAGAACAUUAUGCACUCUCUGAGGAAUCUGCAGUACAAGAUAACGAAAUAUCUGCUACUGGUAACGGUCAUCGCGCACUUAUAUUUUGUCAGCGAUUGUCCGCAGUUCAGCUACUUGUGAAUCUGUUCAGUUCAGGAGAACUGGGAUCUGAUAUAAGAUAUGCUGUGCUGGAUGGGACGGUACCCGUGAAUGAGAGACAUACUGUUGCUGAAAAGUUUAAUAUUGAUCCUAGUAUACAUGUAUUGAUACUUACGACAAAUAUAGGUGGUGAAGGGCUUAAUUUAAUCGGAGCCGACAUUGUUAUCUUUUUGGAACACGAUUGGAAUCCGGUGAAAGAUUUGCAAGCUAUGGAUCGAGCUCAUCGCAUUGGACAAAGAUGCGCCGUGAAUGUUUAUCGGUUAAUUACCGAAGGUUCUAUCGAGCAGAAAAUUAUGCGGCUGCAGAAGUUCAAGACCAAUACAGCUAAUGCACUAGUUGGUGCGGAUAACCGUUCCUUGCAGACGAUGGCUACGGAACAGCUUAUGGAACUUUUUGUGAUAGACGAUGUGUCGCCUGGAACUAGUCUUGAUACGCGUUCUUCAAAGAAAUCACGUGAGAGUGAUUCGUCCUCAACUUCUGAUAAAUAUUUCACAAGUUCGGAUAUUGGCGAAAAAUUGAGCAUUGAAGAAUUGUGGGAAAUGUCACAGUACGAUCGCUAUAAUGCUUCUUCAAUAGCGCACUCCUUUGAAGUACCUGGAUGGAAUAACAAUUCUUCAACAUUAAUUUGGGAUACCGCUAGCAGUAGUGGCAUUGUUAGUGAUAGUAUUGAAUGUAAAAAACUUCGGCUUGGUAAUUGA